UUUCCAAAUGCAUCAAAGCAUGUGAAAAGCAGCGCGCUUCCGUGAAGGUCCCUCACUGGGAUCCAGUGUCGCUACAGAGUGAAGAGCAGCACAUGCACACGCGCUUUCUGUGUCUGCUACCUCCGUGUUUGUCACCCACCCGCGCGAGCACGUCUCCCCCUCCUCCCUGAGCAUGUGGGUACGGAUGGAUGGCGCACAGGCCCGUCUGAAAGGACAAUAAAGCACAAAGACGCUGCCAAUCCUCGAAAUCCAGUCACUGAAGUCCACAGAAACUCUCUCUCCCUGCUUUGAAUGGAGCCACCCUAAUAAAAGUUGAAAUGGAGGAAGAAGAUGGUACUUGUUUACUUGAUGUUUUAUGUGACCCUCAAGCCCUCAAUGACUUUCUUCAUGGGACAAAUGAGCUGCCAAGUGGAGACUUACUCAUUAAUUCAUCCUCUGGAGAGCCGUCACUCUUCACAGACACUCCAAGCCCUGCAUCUCUGUUAGCAGAUGAUGCUAGUUCUCAGGACACUCCUGUCUCUGGCUGUGUGGAUCUCUCCUUUCUGGAGGAGGCACUGCUGGCAUCACCGGGAUCCUCUCUGGGAAGUGGAGGUCCAGAGGCGCAAGAAGAUCCCAAUGUCCAACUAGUGGAACAGCAGAAAGAGUCAGAAGAGUUCUGUGACAUUCUCCAGCAGAGUCUCCAGGAGGCUGACAUCACUGAGGACACUCUCGCUUUUGAAGCAGGACUUGCCCAGACAGCAGAAACUCUCCAGCUUGGUUUGUCUGGCACAUCCCUUCCUUUGCCUGCAAUGCAAUAUUUCUCCAAACCACUGACCGCUCCUGGCUUGAUCUCUUUACCGAAGGCCACUCAACCUGCAGUGGAGCCUCCUCAGCCAUCUUUAUUAGCUGUUGGCCCAGGCUGUCCCUCACUCAAGCCUCCAGGAACCCAGUUAAUGAAUCUACUCCCUGGGAAUGUAUUCCCUGCACCUCCACUUGAGGCAUCCUUUUCUAUUAAUUCAGCACAAAGCACCAGCAUGAUUAUCCAAAAGACCAUACCAAGCCUCACAAAUCACCAGGUGUUGGCCUCCACCGUUAGAACAAUUACCCCAUCAGGGGUCAUGUUACAAAAAACUCCUCUACCCAUUCAGCCUAAGUUGCCAGUCAACUUCCAACCCAGAUUUGUUCAGCUCAGUCCCAGGCCAGGAUUUGCCUUCAUCUCAACAAAUACAUCCCAGAGUGUCUUGUUAUCCCCGUCUGUUGGCUCAAAGCAGUCCUUACAAGAACGGUCCACACCAAGUGUCAGCAAACCUGUUAGCUUCAAUCUGGUUGGUCAGAGAGGCCCAAUUGUCAUUCAGCCCCAGGAUCCUUAUCAGGGCCAGAGACAAUUCUUUCUGCCAAGCCAAACACCUACAACUGUGUCCCAAUCUCCCAGCAUACCAAGGUGUAUUCUUAAAACACCAAGCAAUCAGGUGUCAAACAAACUCAAUGUUGACAGUUCUCAUAUAGUGACUGUACGACCAAGGCAAAUCAACUUCAGCCCGAUUUUCACCUCCCCACCUGGACAACUCACCCUCAAACAAGGGUCUCUUCUGACAGGGUCCUUACCAAUUCAGGCAACACCUCCUACAGUCUUCCAGAUGCCAACACAGCUAGCAGGGACCUAUGCACCUCAAGUGCAGGGGCAGCAUGAUACGGUAGUUCAAAACAAUGUUGCAAACCAAAUCACACUGAUUAAUAAUGCCAGUAUGCUUAUUCCUGAUAUGACCACCAUACCAACAGUAAAUGGUCAGUCAGUGAUGCAAAGUCUGCCUUUGGUGCCUCAAAGUGCUCUAAUAGGGGGACCUGAGGGAAAGGUGUGUCGUACCCAGAAUUCCGUGCUUCUCUUGCCUGAGAGAACAACAGAUCAUCAACAGGAGAAUGUCAACAAACCGUUUCAAGAGAGCAGAUUGCUUCUGCCAACUUCAGUGGAAGCACCCCUUACUGAGACUCACUCUCUGCCCUCUCCAGUAUCAACUCUACUACAGUCAUCACCAGAUAUUAGUUGUGACCCUGACACAGUUUUGUCAUUAUCCCCACAAAUGAUCACUCAGACAGGAGAAGAACAAUUUACUGAAGGAGAACAUAAUCUAUUGCAUCACAAUCAGGCUUUAGUACAUCCUCAACAACAGUGUCCAUUAAAACUGUCAGCCAGCCAAGAUUCGUUAGCUGCAACUCUACUUAUGCAAAUGGACAACCACAUCUCUUCUGCUGUAGGUGAAGCUGAGGAUUUGCUCACAUCCUUGACUACAUCUGAGACUUUAUCUUCACUGUGUAAGAGUGAAGAUAUCCUUAUGCCAGCAUACCAUGGUUCAGAACACACUGAUAUUCUAUUGCAAACUCCUAUUGGCCAGACCUCAGACACAGACAACAUGAAGGGCACAGCACCCCCAGUCUCAGAUGAGCAGGAUUCCUCUAUGUUGAUUGGUCUUGAUGCUGAACCCAAGUGUCAGGAGGUGCCAGUAACGAGUAAGAGAACUUCCUCUUCCUCAGAGAAGUUGUUUAUGUAUCCAGAGCAAUUGGGCCGAAGCCAUGUGUUAACUGAACUUAGCAGAACCCCAGAGUCAACAGCCCAUGUGUACAAGCAGCAGUAUUAUGAACAUGACACAGAGCUCACAGUCCUUAGGAACAGUGGGAUAAUCUCUUUGGAUCAGCAUCAGUCACAGGAGAAGGUACAUCUCGGGCCCAGACUGCUUGCCCAGGACAAGGAGACCUACUCGGCACUCCAGAAGAACCAGGUCCAGACUUCUACUGCAAGCGUGGAUCCAAAAGAGGAGAAGCUGAGACUAGCAAAGAGGCAACACAGGUUCAAACAGCAGAUGCUUUUGGACCACAAUGCUGUUCUCAACCCAAACACUUCAGCUCCGUUUGUUUCAGUGGAGGAUGCGUUGAGACAUUUGUUGCCAUACCAUUCUUGUGCUAGAUCUCUGCCCAGCCAGGAUGACUUUCACUCAGUCGACAAGCAGUUUGAGUGUGUUUCAGUUGUUCUGCUGAAACGAAUCAAAGACAUGCUGAACAAGUACAGGAAACAACUUCUGGCUGAAUCCCAGCAGGAGAGCCCAUCAGCAGAGAUGGUGAUGCUAGAGCGUUUGUUUCUCCAAUCAGAGAGAGUCUCUCUGGCAGAGGACAGACGCAGAGCCAGAAGAGAACCAGCAGAGUCCUUCCUCAAAUCCCGGACCAAGAAUUUAUCUCAGCACAACCAAGUCUCAUCAGUCCACACUGGCCUUGCAUCUCCUCCAUCAUGGACCUUGCAAUCGGACAGACCUCCUGGCCUCAAGACAUAUCGCUCCAGCAGCAAAGGAGCAAUACGUCUCACUAUAAAACAUGAGUCAGGAUCCCGCAAAGUUAUCCACAACUCAUGUGACGCCUCGCAUACCAUCUCUGGGAUUAAACGAAACUACAGUGGCCAGUUAACUAAGGGAGGUGCCAUUCACAGGAAAGAUGAAUCUCUUGAGCCUCCUUUGUCGAAUGUUGCAGAGAAUGAAAAUGAUCAAAGGUCAGAUCCGCAGAACAAGCUAAAAUUGUACCUUGACAUGGAAACACUAAGGACAGGUAGCGAUUCGCAGAACCUCUCAGAUUCUGUGUCCAGUCAAGACUAUGUAGCUCCAAGGGUGCAAGGCUUGCUUCCAGAGCAGUGCACUCCAGUGGUUAAAAGGAACAAGGUGGCUACUUCAGAAACAGUGUCUCCCAGUUUGCCUGCAUUGGUGGAAGACGGGGAACUGAGUGAACACCUGCAAAGUGCUUUAGACAGUAUCUUGGAGCUGCAAAGGUUGCAGGGUUCUUAAACCCAAGAUUCAACAGUCUUGUGCACUGGAGCAGGCCAUCAGCUGCAUGCCAGAAGGACAACUUUGAGACAGAAGAGCUACACUCUAAAAAAUGCUGGGUUGUUUCAACCCAACUUUGGGUCAAUUAUGGACUAAGCCAACUGAUGGGUUAAAUUUUGUAAUUACAUUUUUAACCCAAAAGUUGGGUUAGUCCAUAUUUGACCCAAAGUUGGGUUGAAACAACCUAGCAUUUUUAAGAGUGUACGUGGAAGGAAAAGCUUGGUUUGGUUUUCACAUCCUGCAAUCCAUAUCCAGCAGAGACUAAUAUUUAUUUAUUUUUUCCCGAGGAAGAAUGUCUUAUUAAUCAUUAUUAUUAUUGUGUAAAUAGAGUAAAUAGAAUCUGGGACAUUUCUUGAAUCUCCUGAACCUUUUUGUCUGAACAUUAUUCUAAUUGAUAGUCUUCUAUCAGUUUAAGAAUAAUUCAAAAACACAAGUGCAGUUUGGCAAUAUGUUAAUGCCAUUUUGAUGUGAAUGUGUCUAUAACAAGGUUAUUGCUCUUUUGUUGGGGACUUUGGUUCACUUGACAUCAUUUGGUUGGUUUUAAUAGCUCUUUACCAAACUCUGGGGCUCCUGAGGAAGCAAACCAGAGUACAUUUGGUACAGUUCAUGUGGACGUAAACUGGCCUAACAGCCUUAACCUGUGAAAACUGCCUUAUACAGCAAUCGUGAAAAUGUACCAAGGCAAAUUGCUUGGGAACUCAAGUUCAGAAAACACCAGCCAACUGACAUCAAGCAGACUUGUAUCUCUUGUUUGAAAGCAGCCCAUGUGUUGUAUACGCAGACAGUUCAGAGAAUGAUGUUGGUUCCCGCUUGUUUAGCCCGAAAGAAAAUACACCCAAUUUCAUUCUAAAAUCACCAGCAAAACCAAUUUAAGCACCAGUGUAAUUUUAUAAACGUGUUAACUUAACAGACUGAAAAUUUAAAUGAAACAAUCUCAUUUGAUCAACUGGCAGAUGUAAAGUAUGCCUUAUUCUGCCUCUGCAAUGAACUGUACUAUUCCAGUUGUGCUUUAAGAAAGGAUACAAAAAUGCAAAAGCAAUAAGCAGCAGAUGGUGGCUGUCACUCCUGAUGUUCAACACACUUAAUAUUGUUAAAAACAUUCCAGAGUGUUCACCAAAACCUAAAACAGUAACUAUUGACAUCCAGUCUAUAGUUAGAAAUAGGAUUAUAGGCUAUAGGAUUAUUUAUUUUAAUGUUUUUUUCUUGACAAUCUACUACUAUGUCAUGCUAAUGUUAUGCCAGCGAUGAUUACUUCCUAAUUAUAUAAUAGAGUAGUAAGGGAAGGCAUUUUAUAGUUGUUUCUUUGUCCUGUUAGUCACUCGAUUUACAUUACAAAUAUUGUGCUCAAGUUGUAUGUUCAAGUAAACUUUUUAUGUAUUGCUUCCCUGACAAAUGCUAUGCACUCUUAAAGAAUACUUAGCCGCCAAACUAAAUACUGUGACUGGCCCUAAAUGUGACAAGAUGUUUGUAACAAACCAUUUUGUUUGAUUUAAACUUAUGUACUAUACUGUGAAAUGUAGCAUAUUCGACACUGAUCCAAAACGGACAUUUGACAAACAGAUUGUUCGGGGUCCGAGGCCUUAAAUCUGCUGUACAAGAUUGUCAGAAUCGCUAAAGUCACUACUGACGUGAAUCCCCACUUAAACCCAAUACGACAAGUGACAAAAACACCAAGCUUUUUUCUUUUCUUACAUUUCUAUAGACUAUUUAUUGAAACAGGAUUUUUUUUUUAAAAGUAAUAAACAGUAAAACUGAAUGUUGGACUGUUUUAUGAACUGCUAUUUUUCAGGAUGUGAAACUGCAGUAUAAAGAAAAAAAAAA